AUGUACAUAACACGAUCAACAGUGUUCGGGUUCACGGUCGACCUCAGAAAGCACAACUACUACUGUGACAGUAUUGUCUAUGAUAAAGUGCACAACUACUACUGUGACAGUAUUGUCUAUGAUAAAGAGCACAACUACUACUGUGACAUUAUUGUCUAUGAUAAAGAGCACAACUACUACUAUGACAGUAUUGUCUAUGAUAAAGAGCACAACUACUACUGUGACAGUAUUGUCUAUGAUAAAGAGCACAACUACUACUGUGACAGUAUUGUCUAUGAUAAAGAGCACAACUACUACUGUGACAUUAUUGUCUAUGAUAAAGAGCACAACUACUACUGUGACAGUAUUGUCUAUGAUAAAGAGCACAACUACUACUGUGACAUUAUUGUCUAUGAUAAAGAGCACAACUACUACUGUGACAGUAUUGUCUAUGAUAAAGAGCACAACUACUACUGUGACAUUAUUGUCUAUGAUAAAGAGCACAACUACUACUGUGACAGUAUUGUCUAUGAUAAAGAGCACAACUACUACUGUGACAUUAUUGUCUAUGAUAAAGAGCACAACCACUACUGUGACAGUAUUGUCUAUGAUAAAGAGCACAACUACUACUGUGACAUUAUUGUCUAUGAUAAAGAGGACAACUACUACUGUGACAGUAUUGUCUAUGCGUUUCUGCGUUCACUAGGCUUCCUUUUCUGGGCAGCUUAG